AUGAAGACCGCCACUGCCCUUUUGGCACUCGCUGUCGUCGCAGAAGGCUCUCCUCUAUUCACCAAGCGUGAUGACGAUGAUGUCUUCUCAGACAAGGGAAAGAUGUGCAAGGGCUGGAACUUGAGAACUGCUGAGGGCGUCGAAGAGCUUUGGAAAAAGACUGAAGCUGGCAUCGAUCUAGAGUUGUUCAUCAACGGUCAUCCUGAGCACCAAAACAACUGGCUCAAGAAUCUUGAAGAUCGAGUCAUGGGCGGUACCGACGGCAAGUCAGGUGCAAGCGGUUGUGGUCUCAUUGGAACUUCUUGCAACCCCAUGGGCGGCAUCGGCUGCGAAGCGCAAUUCGAAAAAUACGGCACAACAUUCAUUAACAAAAACUCGUACUGGAUCUUCCAGUCUGUCAAGGGCAUGCACGGCAAGUUCGCUGAGUUGCACCGCCAGCUCACCACCGAGACUCUUAUCAACGGCCUCAAGAUUCCAAAGAUGAUAGAGGAUUUUGGAGGCGAUGAGAAUAGCCCUGCACAAAUGAAGGGCUGGAUUUCCGCCGCCGCGAGUAUGGGAAAUGCCCUUGGAGGUCUGAUUCCUGGAGUGGGCUCUGGUAUCUCUGCCGGUCUGGGUCUCAUAUCUGGUCUCAUGUCUGGCUUGGCACUGGAGGAUGAGAAGGACGACGGAGCUGCAACAAUCUCCGCUGGUCUCGCCGACAUCUUCAAAACGGCUUCGAUCAAACUCGAGGAUACUCUCCGAAUCGCCACCGGUGGCGGUAGAAACGAAGACGAGUACAACUCUCUUCCCGCUCCCAAGUGGGACACCUACCAAACCAAGAUCGCCAAGCUGUUCAACGGCGGCUGGUUCCUACUCGAUGACGACGUCGAGACAGUCCGCGUCACUCUAGGCUCAAUUACGAACAACAUCCAGAAGAAGGUUGCCAAUGACGUUAUGAAGGCCUCCAAGCUGCACCUCGUUGCCGACAAGCUUGGCGGCAAGGAUUCGCGGGAGAAGUGCGGUUACUCUACCGGCCGACAAUGGCUACCUCUUCGUGAUGGUGAGGAGUACUGCUGGUACAUUAUGAAAAACGACCCCGACCACACUCGACAGGGCCAGUGGCAUGAGGUUGGGGCAGAUAUCUAUGAGAAGAUGGCUUCGUAUGGUCUUGGUGACCGCGAGACGUACUACAAGUCUCUUAUCGACUGCGCUCUCAACAAGGGAGAUAAGGAUGGAGUUGAUACGAGCAAUCUUGUCCAAGGAGAGAUCCCUCGCUGCUUCUUCAACUUGCCCGCUGUGUUUGUGGAACAUGACAGCUCACAUGGCUGCGGAAGCCCUUUUGAUAGUCACAAUUGUGACUACCGCAAGGGCACCCCUCUCAAGUGA